AUGUAUCUGCGUGUAUCAACACUUUGCCUUAACCUCAAAAACAUUGGUUUGAAGGUGACCCUCACAGAGACGAGUACGAAGGCUUUGACGGAAAAACAGGCCCUAGAAAAACGGCUCAGUGACCUUGAGGCCGCAGCCACUAAACGGGAGGCAGACCUCAAAGGCGACCUUGAUACCUACAAGGAGAAAGUCGAUACCCUUCAGCAAGAAUUGUCAGCACUGCAGAAGGUCGAAUCAGCAACCUCGACAGAUAAUCGCCACCUGAAGCGGCAAAUUCGCGAUCUUCAAGACAGCGUGGACAGCUAUACUAGAAAGGUGGCUGAACUUGAACGUCGGAACUCCGAUCUUUCUGCGGAGUUGGACCGCGCAAAGUCGAAUUUAAGCGCAACAAGGGAGACGGCAACCCUUCUAAGAGACAGACAGACGAGGGCGAACGAAGAGUACGCCGCCUCAGUAGGCUACAUGGACGACGUGGCGUAUUCAGACGACGAGGUGGGCCUCGGUGGAGGUGAAGGGGACACCACGUCCUCCAUGCACGACAUCUUUCGACGCAGCAGUGGAAGCUAUGCUGGAUUCAGCGGCACACAGACUGUAGACAGGCACAGGAAUCGAAGUAAACAACGGUAG